AUGAGUCGAAACCGCCUUGCUGCUUACGGGACCUGGGUGUCGCCCAUCAGCGCUGAAUCCGUGGCCGCCCAGAGUCUCUCUGCUGGUACCGAAGACAUUUUCCUUGAUCGCGUCACGUCCAAGGUGUACUUUGCCCAGAAGCGCCCAGAGGAGAGUGAGAGGACUUGUCACUUGUUCGACAAUUCCUGGGAUGCGCGUACCCAAGUGCACGAAUACGGGGGCGCCGCUGCCAUCGUCUUCGACGGUGUUCUUUAUUUCUCCCAUUUCACCGACGGACGGGUGUAUCGCUGCGAGAGGGGUUCCGUUCCCGAGCCGGUCACGCCAGUGAAUCCUGCUCAACGCUUCGCCGAUUUCGCUGUACACCCCAAACAUCCGAAUCUCAUUGUAUGCACCGCCGAGGACCAUACAAACCCACAUCCAGCCAAGGUCGUUACCAAGCUUUGUACCAUCGACGCUGGAAAGGGCACUGUCGCCGAUCUCGUGCAAGGCGCCGACUUUUAUGCAUGCGCAAGGUUCAGUCCGGACGGAAAACACUUGGUGUGGCAACAAUGGCAUCAUCCUGAACUUCCCUGGCAGAGUGCGGGGGUCGUAGCACCUUGCUCUGUGUCCGAAGAUACCCAGCAACUCUCCCUCGGUCCCACCACCCAUGUCGCAGGGGAGCACGGAUCCGUUUCCGCUCAGGACCCAGGUUGGGCUUCUGACAACACUCUGUUCUUCUGCGACAGCAGUGGCUAUCAAAACCCGUGGAAGUUCACCUUCAAUCCCAUCAAUUUGGCGGCCACUGGCAAGGCUUCUCCCAUCCUUCCGACACCAAUCGAGGAAGAGUUCGGCGCUCCGCAAUGGUGGCUCAGCCGCCACGGUUCAGGUGCUCUGAAUACCACCACGGUAGCAUUCCUUUCGUUCCGGCAAGCUCGAUCAACACUUUAUGUGUGCGACAUCGUCAAGGGCUCGCUCGUUGAGGUCCCUACCGACUUUGCGCAUAUCCAGUACAUGCAUGGAGACGGAAAGGGAAAGGUAGUGAUGCUCGGGCAGCCUUCUGACUCUGGCGAGGUACUCAGCGAGCUGGUUCUGAGUACCGACGGGAAACCAAUUGUCCGCCCAGUUACUACCCACGAAGCCACUCCAUCACCGGGAGGCUUGCCGCCUCACGCCUCGAUAUCCACACCUCAAUAUUACGCCUUGAAGCUUGCUCCCGACAAUCGAGUUUGUCAUGUCACGUACUACGGCCCGAAGAAUACGGAGUACGAUGGAGGUCUUCCCGGUGAACGACCGCCAGUAGUCGUCUUGAUUCAUGGCGGACCUUUCUACAUGGAACCUUCGGCGCUAGAUUGGUCAAAGCAGUUCUUCACGUCGCGGGGAUGGGCAUAUCUUGAUGUCAACUACGGCGGAUCCACUGGCUUCGGUCGCGCAUACCGAGAAAGUCUUCACGGUAAAUGGGGCAUCCUGGACAUCCAGGAUGCCUAUCAUAGCGUGCUCCAGCUAGAUGAGAUGGGUUUGUUGGACAAGAGCCGUGCGGUUGUUCACGGUGGCUCCGCCGGUGGCUACUCCGUCCUUCAAAUUGCUACUACUCUUCCGACCGAGUUCGCCGCCGGAGCCCCUCAGUAUGGCAUCUCGGACAUGAGGAAGCUCGACGAGAUAUUGCACAAGUUUGAGUACUACUUGUGUGAUCGUCUGAUGGGCGGAACGUACGAAGAGAUCACUGAAGUCUGGCAUGAACGUUCGCCGAUUUAUCACGUCGACAAAAUCAAGAUGCCUCUCUUGGUCCUUCAGGGUGCGAAAGACACCGUAGUCCCUGCCGAACAGAUGAUCAACAUGGUUAAGACCAUCCAAGCUGCGGGAGGGAAAGCGGAACUCGUGUUGUUCCCCGACGAAGGCCACGGAUGGAGGCAGGCAAAAUCAAUUCAAACCACUCUUGAACGAGAGCUUUCGUUCUUCAGCGAGGUUCUUGGUCUCGAAAAUGGCGCUUGA